GAUGAGAAUAUUAAAAAUUUUAAAUGAAACUGCUAAGCUCAACAUAAUAAAAAUGCUGAAUUGUAAAUAGCAUAUGAAAAUUGGAAAUAGAUUUUUGCACUAUCAAUUUGGUUUGAGUCAUCAACAAUUCGAAAGGGUUGGGUCUCACAAGGGAAAUUAAAGAAUACUCUAUUAUUAUCGAUGAAAAUCUCUUGAUAUUUUGGUAAUAGGGUUCAUUUUAAAUAAAAUUACACACUCUAGUUUCUUGGUUGAAUCGGGGUGAUUGUUCUAAUGGAGAAACAAGUUUAAGUAAUAGGGUUAUUGGGG